AUAUAAAAUUCAAUAUGAUCCUCCAUGGGGUUUAGCCAGAAUUUCUGCUAGGGUUGAUGACUGGCCAUCUGACACUGGACGGUAUUGGUAUCAUGAAAGUGGUGGUAAUGGUGUGACGGUGUAUAUCAUAGAUACUGGUAUAAACAUACAUCAUGAUGAUUUUGAAGGAAGGGCUAUUUGGGGUAUUGAUUAUUCUAAUGAUAAUUAUGAUAAUAAUGAUGGUAAUGGCCACGUUGCGGGUAAAACUUAUGGAGUCGCCAAGAAAGCGACAAUGGUUGCCGUUAAAGUUUUGAACUCUUAUGGUUAUGGCUAUAUUUCAGACAUCCUCAAAGGUAUUGAAUGGUCAGUCAUUCAACAUAAAUCGAAACAAAUGAGCAAUGAUCAUAAGGGAUCUGUAAUUAAUAUGAGUUUAGGUGGUGAUAAAAGUAUCGCCACAAAUGAUGCUGUCAAUGCGGCUGUACGAGAAGGGAUCGUUGUUGCCGUGGCUGCUGGAAAUGAUAAUAAUGAUGCUUGUAAUGAAUCACCUGCGUCUGCUAAAUCAGCUAUUACUGUAGGCGCUUCAGAUAUUAAUGAUAACUGUGCAUGGUUUUCUAAUCAUGGCAAAUGUGUAGAUAUUUUUGCUCCGGGUGUGGAUAUUUUAUCAUCUUGGAUAGGUUCAGAAAAUAAUGUGGUUGCAACUUUAUCAGGAACUUCAAUGUCUUCUCCUCAUAUAAGUGGUUUAUGUGCUUUAUUUAUUUCAAUGGGUAUUGCAAAACAUCCAAAAGAUGUUAAAAAUAAAAUUAUUGAACAUUCUACACGAGGUGCAUUAAAAGGAAUACCAAAUCUUCAUACUCCAAACAG